UAGCAGGUGCCGGAAGAGGUUGUGCUGGCCGAAUACACUAGAAUAAAUAGCAAAAUGUCCGACAGCGACGAAAUCGUAAACCCCAAUGAGCAUCUGAUCAUUCCGGAUUGGAUCAAUGAAAAGUACUUCGAAGGUGUCCUGGCCAAGGACGAACCAGAUCAUUCUAAAGUACUGAAAUUCACCGUAGUGGCGGCCAUUCCGCCUGGGGAGAAUUUCACCUCGACCAUGUUGAGGGUCUAUAUUAAGCUGGAAAUGAAAGAUGGUAGCGUAAAGACCAAAACAUAUAUUUUCAAGACGAUGCUACCUGAGGAGCGAGGUGGCAGUGACAUCAACGAUUUUGGACUUUUCCCCAAGGAGGCUAAGAUGUACGAAACGUACCUUCCCGCCUUCGAGGCCCUCUACAAGGAUGUCGGGUGGGACCUAAAAUUGGCGCCCAAGUGCCUGCACACUGAGGAGCGGGAAGGAGACAUCCACUUCAUCUUCGAGGACCUGUGUGUCCAGCGAUUCAAGAACAUGGAUCGUACCAAGGGACUGGAUAUGGAGCACAUGACAAAAUCCCUGCACAAAUUGGCCGAGUAUCACGCGGCCAGUGCGGUGUACGAGGAGCUGCAUGGUCCCUAUCCCAGUGAAUUCAAUGAGGGAUUCGUGAAGCGGGACGUAAAGAAAUUCCAUAUUGAUGGGUUCAAGCGGAAGGAAAAGGCCUACAAGAAGGCAAUGCUUUUGUGGGGCAUGAAAGACGCAGAGAAAUACGUCAAGGACUUUCCCACUGCCGAUCAGUAUUGGGCUCAAUGCCUGAGUACUUUGGAGGCGGAUCCCACGGAAUUCCAUGUACUCAAUCACGGUGACUUCUGGUCUAGCAAUCUGAUGAGCAAUUAUUUGCCCGACGGAAGUCUCGAUCAGCUUAUACUAAUCGACUUCCAGAUUACCACAUGGGCCAAUCCUGCCGUGGACCUGCUCUUCUUCCUCACCCUCUCUCCCGCAAAGGAUUUGCUUAUCAAGGAGUUUGAUCACUUCGUGAGAAUCUACUGGGAGCGCCUCAUCGAGUGCCUAAAGGUUUUGAAACUGAAAAAGCCCUUGCCAAAACUACGCGAUCUUCAAAGCUCUAUGAACAACAAGCACUAUUCAUUUUACGCUUUCUUCAGCAUUAUGAAUCACCUGCCCAUAAUUCUAUUUCCCACCGAUAAGGACAGCAGUCUACACAAUAUGACCGCUGACACAGAGGAAGCAGAAAGUCUCAGAUUGCGUCUGCUUUCCAAUCCCGCCUUUGGAAACGUUAUGAAGGAGCUAUAUCCAUUCCUGUAUAACCGCGGUAUUUUAAACUUUGAAGACUAUGAUGUUUGAUUUGUGAACUUGCAAUAAAUGAAAGAUAAGUAUUACGAAAACAA